AAUUUCUUUUUUUCUUUCAGAUACAGAAUUUCAAAAAGAAGUCCUAUAUAAAUUAUCUUUCAUCAAACAUGAACUAAGGAGAAUCGUGAGCAACCAAAUGGAAUUGGGCCAAAGAAUGGAGAAUUUGGAGACUCAAAAUCUCAGUAAUAUGCAAACAGCUGCUAAUAAUAAUGAAAACACCUAUCACUCACAAGAUAUAUCUGGCUUACCAUUGAACACUAUCUCAGACUUAAAUGAAUUUAAUCAGAAAUUAUCUGAAGAUGAAACAUUUUGUAAUAAUUUGAUAAAUCAACUAACAUAUAUAGGAGGAAAACAUUUUAAAGCAAUGAUAAAAAGGAUAAUGGCCAAACUCUUUACUGAUGAACUCUUAAAAUUGUUUUCAUAUUCUGGCAAAAAAGGAAAAACAAAAUUUUCCGACCAAAUGAUUUGUCCUAUUAUUUUUGAUGCUGUAAAAAAACAAUCCAAAUUUAAAAAUGUAACUCAGAAUGAAAUGGAAGAAGUAGUGAAGUAUGUCCUUGCCCAAGCUCCUUUCAACAUCAAAAGACUUCAACUUAAAUAAUGAUUAAAAUUUUUUUUAUUG